AUGACUAUUGGUCAAUCAAAGCUCGAUGGAGUGGAAGCCCUCAAAAACUCCUCUCUAGAGUACACCUUGUAUUACGUCGGCUACUUCCUAGACUUUUGGGGAUACCCACGCGUUAAAUCAUACCAGAUACAAAACAUCAUCGUCGUCGAUAUCGAGAACAACAGGGCCGCCAUUCCUGGCAAAGGUGAUACCCCCGUUACCUUCACACAUACCUUGGAUGUUGCGGAAUUUGUGGUAGCAAGCUUAGAGCUCCCCAAGUGGGAGAAGGAGAGUUAUGUCAUUGGCGAGAAUGUGACGUGGAACGAAUUUCUGCGAAUUGCGGAAGAGGUUAAAGGCGUCAAGUUUGAGGUUACCCAUGACGAUAUCGACUUUCUCAAAUCUGGCAAGAUCACCGAGUUGCCAUCUCAUCCGUCCCUGUACAGCGUGAUGCCCAAAGAUCAACUUCAGGCACUUUUCGCCACUUUUGGUAUCUGGUUUGAAGAAGGACUGUAUCAUCUCGAGCCCAAGAAAACUCUCAAUCAGUUGUUUCCAGGUAUCAAGGCGCGGACUGUGAAAGAAGUCAUCCAGGCUGGAUGGGGUCAGAUGAACUGA